AUGAAUGUCGAAAGAUUCGAGUAUCUCCUGAGCUUGAUUGGUCCACUGAUAAAGAAGCGAGAAAUGUACACUGCUCUUUCACCCACUCAGAGGCUUGCUAUGACAUUGAGAUUCUUGGCAGCAGGAGACAGUCAGUAUACUCUGAGCUUUUCCUAUCGAUGUGGCCUGAGCACUGUCUCUCAGAUCCUGGCCGAAACCACUCGAGCACUUGUCAGUGUAUUAAAGAGUGUAUUUGUGAACCCUCCAGCAAAUGAAGCGGAGUGUCGUGAGGUGAGUGCUGGAUUUUGGGAAGAAUGGCAGUUUCCUCAUUGUGUGGGGGCCAUCGAUGGGAAGCACGUUCAAAUACAGGCCUCACAAGCUUCCCAAAGUGUUUAUUUUAAUUACAAGAAGACAUUUAGCAUGGUUCUAUUGACAGUUUGUGAUGCACACUACAAUUUCAUCAUGCUGGAUGUAGGAGCAGAAGGCUCACAAAGUGAUGGCGGAGUUUUUCAAUCGUCUGAAAUAGGUCGGCAAUUGAAUGAUGGAUCCCUUAACUUGCCGAAUUCAAGUCACCUACCAGGAACUGUGGUUGACAUGCCCUACUUCCUUGUAGGAGAUGCAGCUUUUCCUUUGAAACCUUUCCUGAUGAAACCCUAUGGCGAGCGCAACAUACCCCAUGACAAGUCUGUGUAUAACUUCAGCGGCUCGUUGGAGGAUUUUCCGUCACCCCAUUAUUGCUACAGAAGACAAUGUGGAAAGCAUCAUUGA